ACCGUUUGGCUCCACGUUGGCUUUUGUUCUGCUUGUCGACCAAUUACCAGCGUGCUUCAAGAAACCUCGUGGCUACUUAACAUCUCUUAUGAAAAAUAAUGUAUUUCUUCACGAUGGACCAAGCUCAAUGUGUUGCAAACGAACUGAAUCGCAGCUUUUACAGCGCUUCGCUGUGGAAGUACAUGUUCAGAAGUACUGUCGCCGCCGGACUCUCUUCAGAUUCUGAAUCAGAAGAUGAAGCGGAAGAUGAUAGUGAUUGCAUUACUUUGGAGAAGUUUCCUAGUUUGCAGCUGUUUUCAACCCAAGACAAGAAUGACGAAGAAAGCUUUGGACUGGCACCUGAGGAGCUAGAACGUAAGAUAUCAGAAGCUAUUGCUAUCACAACAUUUGAGGAAAACAGAGACAGUGAAAUGGAGAAGAUACGUAACUUUGACAGUAAAUGUUAUGGAAGAAGAAAGGAGAACUCUUCACUUGGGACACAUUCCUGUAGCCGCAAACUUUCUCCAGAGCUCAUGUACAACAUACGGAUGGAUUCUUUAGCAGCAGAAAGGGAGUGGCAGGACAUGAGAACACUCGGACAUCUUGAAACAAACCGGCGUACGCUAGAAACUUCAGCAAUGACCACAUCCACCAAGAAGACACCAAGGAAAAGAAAACACGCCAGGACAACCUAUUCCAUAGGAGGCAUCGAAGUCUGCCAGAAUACCUUUCAGUUUCUCAUGGGAGCAUCACGCUGAAAAUCCUCUCAUGCUCAUCUCAAGAAGUACCACAUGACAGCAACAUAAGAUGCUCCUGUAUUAAAGCUACCACAUUCACCUGUUUGCAUGACCGUUCUCCAUCAGCACCUCCAACCAGGUAAACCUUCACCAACACCUACCUUUCUGCUCUCCCAAUAUCUGCCAAUUCUCAACCUACUGCACAGU